AUUUGUAAAUAUUAUUACACUUAUGUUACCUAGCUCGAUGUGUAACAUCAUUACAAAACAAUUAGUCGUUGAUCAAGUUCCGAGUGAUAAACAUGGACUUCAGUGAUGUAUAUAACUUUGAUGUCAGAGUGAAGAAGGAACCAGAUGAUGUUUCUCCAAUUAAAAAUGAAGAUUAUAAGAUAAUUGACAAUGCAUGCGAUGAUAAAAAUGACGAAUUCUCGAGUUUUUGUCGAGAAAAUUUAAUUUAUGGGCUUCGUGAAAAUGAUGAAAAUUCUGGACCUAAUAACGAUUUGGAAAUAGAAUUCGAAUGUAAGGACGAGAAGCUCGGCAUUAACUUAUUAGUAGUCAAGAAAAUGGAGGACGAUUAUCCAGAUCAAUGGCAGCAUAUGAAAAAUAGUUGCGAUUAUCAGACUCAAAAGAAAAUUAAAGAAGAAAUUGUCGACGAAGUAAAAGAGGAAUUGAAUUUGGAUGGUGAACUCAGUGAUGCAUUUGAUGCAAAUGAAAAAACAUUUGCUCAAAAUAGUCAACGCAAAACCCAAACUGAUAAGGCACGCAAUCGUACCAAAUAUCCAUGUAAUAUAUGCAGUAAAAAAUUUGCACGAAAAGGUAAUCUCAAGGUCCACAUCGAUGGAGUUCAUAAUGGUGUUAAGCAUGCUUGUGGUCUAUGUGCAAAGACAUUUAAACACAAAGGUACUCUCAAAAUUCACAUCGAUGCGAUGCAUAAUGGUAUGGCACAUACUUGCGAAGUGUGCGGAAAGAAAUUCUUAACCAAGACUAAACUCAAGAUUCACAUCGAUGGACUCACAUUAAAACGCAGCACGAAGACAUUGAUCACGCUUGUGUUUUAUGCGGAAAAAAAUUUAAACAUAGAAAAUAUUUAUGCAGACACGUCCAAAGUGUGCAUGAAGGCAAUACCCAAGCACGAAAUCAAUACAAAUGAUCUUAAAACCUUCGAAAGAUAUUAUAAAUGUCCAUCGAAAAAUCAAAAAUUACACGUGCUACAAGUAUGGAAAGGCUUCGGUUCCAAAAGAGACUUGGAUAGGCACGUUACCGCAGUCCAUCAAAAAAUCAAAGAUUACAAAUGUGAAGAGUGCGGCAAGCCUUUGAAGAUAAGAGUAAUCUGA